CUCCCUUCCUCCCUUUCACUGCACUCUCUCCAGAGCUACUUCUUCAUCUCUCUUUGUUCUUCUUCUUCGGAGGAUGCUGUGCAGCCGGAAAGUGAUGAACUUUCUGGUGAGGAAGGACGUGAGGAAGAUCUUGAAGCGCAAGGACAGUGAUGCCGGGGAGAGAGGUAAAGAGAUAGAAGACCUGCGAGCUUCGCUUUUCAGUGAGUUAAGGACUUCGGAAGGUGCCAAGCGUCUGCAACAACGAAUUUGUGGUCCGACAGUGUCACUGACCUUCAAUUUCUUGGUCUCUGUUGGUAUAAUCCUGAUGAAUAAGCUGGUGCUUGGAAAAGUUGGUUUUAAUUAUCCCAUCUUCCUCACAUUCAUUCACUACAUUGUGAGCUGGUUUUUAAUGGCAAUAUUGAAUGCAUUGUCCCUUUUUCCAGCAUCACCUCCGUCGAAGACCACUCCUUAUUCUUCUUUAUUGGCCCUUGGGCUUGUCAUGUCUCUCUCAACUGGGCUUGCCAAUGUUAGUUUAAAGUACAACAGUGUGGGUUUCUACCAAAUGGCUAAGAUUGCUGUCACGCCGACAAUUGUUCUGGCGGAAUUUAUGCUUUUCAGAAAAACAGUUUCGUAUCAGAAGGUCCUAGCACUGAGUAUUGUGUCAGUUGGAGUAGCGAUUGCCACUGUUACCGACCUUGAGUUUCACUUCUUUGGCGCAUGUAUUGCAGUGGCGUGGAUAAUUCCUAGUGCUAUCAAUAAGAUCUUAUGGUCCAAUUUUCAGCAGAAGGAGAACUGGACUGCUUUAGCUUUGAUGUGGAAAACAACACCGAUCACUGUUUUUUUCUUGGUGGCCAUGAUGCCUUGGCUCGAUCCUCCGGGUGUUCUGUCAUUCAAUUGGAGUUUCCGCAACACAGUAGCCAUAGUUAUGUCAGCAGUCCUCGGUUUUCUGCUUCAGUGGUCCGGUGCUUUGGCUCUCGGAGCAACCUCAGCGACAUCUCAUGUUGUCCUCGGUCAGUUUAAAACAUGUGUAAUCCUUCUCGGUGGCUUCCUUUUGUUCAAUUCAAUACCCGGCAGGACGAGCAUCUUUGGAGUCAUUAUCGCUCUGUCCGGUAUGUCUUUGUACACAUACCUCAAUUUGCUAGACUCUCACAAACAAACGGCAAAACUGGGAUCUCGGCAGUCAUCUUUCACGGCAUUACCGAAAUCUAAACUGAGCAAAGAGAACGGGGAAUCUACAGACCGAAAUUGCAACUCUGAAAAUGUAUGAGAAGCAUAUCGGUUUUAUUCGAGAGUGUACUCCUAACCAAGAAAAUUUUCCGUCUAAUUCGAAAUGUAAUGUCAUCGUUCGAUUAAUUUGAUCAGUAUCUUCUGUUUUCUACAAUAUCAUACUGUAUUUGAGUGACUCUCAAGUGUUCGAAAAUCUGAAAGUAUUCCAUUUCUGUUC